AUGGAUAUUGCGGAUUCGGGAAUGUUUGGGCCGAAGAAAUGGUACGAGAAGACAAUGCUUCUCUCGUCCGGGAUAUGUGAGAGCAUGGAACCAUUCCAGUUGGUCAGCGCCGGCUUCGAGAUGCUCAACAUCGUCUUGUUGGCGGCUGGUAACGACACCGCAAGCAAGACCGUUCUUGCGGUUGGAGCGCUGAGGCAUUGUGGGAGGAUCGAAACAAGCGCCCACACCCUACGCAUUGUGGCUUUAGAGCCCGGGGGCAACUUUCAAGGUUUCACGCUUUGA